AUGCUGGAAGCUUUUGUCGCAGACGAUAUCUAUAAUUGGAUAUCCCCUAUGAUGGAGAAGCAAGCAAAAAACGGAGCUGGAAAUGGACCUCUUGCAAGAUCCGCCUCUAGCCCUCCUACCAGUGUUAAUGGGUUUGGUAGGCCCCCUGCUAGAAAUGUAGACAGAGAGGGGAGUGAACCACCACAUCAUUUCUAUCCAAAACUACUCGAGUCAUCUACACCACUUUCCGAGCCAGAGACUGUCGACAGUGAGACAGCUGACUCUUCAUCAACCACGCCAAACUGUGUAGAAUGCGAGCAUGAAAGUAAACCAAAUUUGAACUCACAGCAUCUGUCCGAUCGAGAUCUUAACAAAGUCGAUGAAGCUAACUCAGUGACAAAACCAAACUUAAAACCCGAUCUGACCUCUACAGAGCAAAUACCACUAUCGUUACAAACUGCUGCUGCUAGUGCUAAUGUUGGCACGCUACCGACUGAAGUACAAGCUGACGGUUCCUGUGAAGAAUGUCAGGUGGCUAUGAAGGAUCAUUUAUUGCAGAUCUAUGAUCCAUUUUUAGACUACUGUGCUGAAUGUCAGGAAGCUGAAGAGGAGCACCAGCUAAAUAAUAGAGACUGUGCAGUUGCAGCUCAGCCAGACUGUGAAGAAUGUAUCGAUGUUGAACACAAACCACCACCCACCGAUAGUAACUCUAUGAUCAAUUUCGAUAUUUUACCAUCUCAAAAACGGAUUUCCAAAAAGGCUUUUCUUGAAAAUCAAAUUCAACCAAAAUAUAGUAAUAGUCGGCAUGAAAAAAUGGCCAUGACUGUGAGAACUGAAAAUAUGGAUCUCAACAUGGGUAUAAACGGUGGGAUGAAUAUGGGAGAAGGUUCUUUAGAUCCAAGUUUGAAUAUUCAAACAGGAAAUGGACUAAAACGGAGGGCAAGCAGUUUUGAACGGUCAUCCGAGGACCACCAACGUCGCAAACUCGAAUCGCUGUCUCAGCUUUAUAAUCAGCAACAAAACAUAACCCGGCAGUAUUAUUUGAUGCUCCGACAAGCCCAACAGCAAUAUAACAACAGCCAGGGAAACAAAAACCAACUAGAUGGAACCAUGCCGAACAAGCCGCUACCUUCAGAUUUAGACCAGAGUCAUGUUCAAAACAAUGUUGGUACUAGCCACAGCCAUAUCCAACACGAACAUGGACACGACCAUAGCCAUGACCACACACACGAGCAUUCUCACGAGCACGGAAAUGGUCAUAGCUGUUCUCACUGCCAUAGCUCUGGAAAUGGCCAUCACGACCCACAACACCAGCAAGUAUCACCUCGGUCGCUUUACUGCCAUUGGAAUGGCCAUGAAGGAGAAGCCCAAUUCAACUCUGAGUUAGCUCUCCAGGCACACUUGCGUCACCAUAUUUAUCCACAAGCCGAGUCUAUGUCAGACCAGCUUGAAUGUCAGUGGGAUUCCUGUGACGUCUCACUCAAGUUUGUGGACGAACUUUUGGAACACAUCAGGACCGACCAUUAUAACAAUUACAGUCAACCUCACACCGAUUGUUUAUAUGAUGGUACCCAUAUACACCCCAAAGCUAACGAUGUCACGAUUAGUCAAACGUCUUCUCAGGUGUACCCAUCUACACAGACCCAGGGGUAUAAAUGUCAAUGGUCCAAUUGCCAAUACAUUGCUAACACAUCUGAUCAACUGGGAGUUCACGUACUCAGUGAUCAUAUCAACAAUAACAUUCCCAAACCGAGUCAGAUGACUACUGAACCCACUAGGGAAGAUAUGAACAAUUUUAUGAAAAACAAUGACAUGUUUCAGUGCCAGUACCAAGCCUGUGAUUUCCAGUCUCUCAAUUUUGACGACUUUACUAGCCACAUCAAAAGUGACCACCUGUCAGCCACUGCUCCGCUAGACAGUUUCGCUACAAAUGACAUGGUGACUCACUCUUUAGACCCGUCGCUUGGCAUUCCACAACCCAAUAAUAUCGUUGGAACUACGAAGCCAGUCAACGUCACUACAACUGGUACGAAUAAUAACACUGUGAAAGUCAAGACUGAACACGACGAGACCACUUCCACUAAAACCUGUAAAUGGGUACUUGAAAAUGGCCAACUUUGUUCAUGCGAGUGUAAAAACACCGAAGAACUGUCGAACCACAUCAUUGAAGCCCACGUUGGACUCCGUAAAACUGAGUACGUGUGUUCAUGGCAGGGCUGCGACCGGAAUCAUCGUCCAUUUCAACAGCGACAAAAGAUGGUUCGUCAUCUCCAAGUGCAUACGAACCACCGACCGUACAAAUGUCACAUUUGCAACAGCACUUUUGGUGAAGAGAGCGUGCUCAAACAGCACUUAAGAGUGCAUUCUGGAGAACGGCCCUUCGAAUGUAAAAUCUGCCACAAACGAUUCGCUGCCAGUGCUGCUCUGUCGGUACACCUUCGUAUCCACACCGGCGAAAAACCUCUCAAAUGCAAAUAUCCCGGCUGUGAAAAACGGUUCUCCGAGUCGUCCAACCUAAACAAACAUCUCAAAACGCACUUCAGUGGCAGUCCUUGCAUCUGUCCCAUCUGUUCCGAGUCAUUCCAAGACCCUGACCACCUAUUUAAGCAUUUUAAGACCCACUGA